UCCCAGAUGAGAACUGCUGUCCGAGGAGGAAACUGCAUCUUCAGGCGACUGCCCUGAGAUCGCACUGGACGUCCGACGGGCCGUGCUAGGGACUUGCCUACCCUGCCCGCCCGCCCCGCCGGACCGCUCCCCAGCAGGUUCCCCGGUACAGAUUUACCUGCGGGCUCCUGAUUCGCCAGGGAUUCCAGAGGAUGCUGAGGCCAUCGGCAGGGGCCCAGGGACAGCGGUGAGCGGAACAUCCAGCCCCCCAACUCAGCUCUUCUGUGCAGGGACUCCCCUAGGGGGACGAGCAUGGUGGUUUUUCCUUGGAGCCCCCUGGCUGAGGAUGUCUGAGAAGAUGCUGGCCAUGAGGCUGUUCACUUGUUUCCUGCAGCUCCUGGCUGGGCUGGCACUGCCCACUGUGCCUCCCCAGCAGUGGGCCUUGACGGUUGGGAACGGCUCGUCAGAGGUGGAAGUGGUGCCCUUCCAGGAGGUUUGGGGCCGCAGCUACUGCCGUGUGCUGGAGAGGCUGGUGGACAUUGUGGCCGAGUACCCCAGCGAGGUGGAGCACAUGUUCAGCCCAUCCUGCGUCUCCCUGCUGCGCUGCACCGGCUGCUGCGGCGAUGAGAACCUGCACUGCAUGCCGGUGGAGACGGUCAACGUCACCAUGCAGCUCCUGAAGAUCCGCUCCGGAGACCGGCCCUCCUACGUGGAGCUGACGUUCUCUCAGCACGUGCGCUGCGAGUGCAGGCCCCUGCGGGAGAAGAUGAAGCCAGAAAGGAGGAGACCCAAGGGCAGGGGGAAGAGGAAGAGAGAGAAGCAGAGACCCACAGACUGCCACCUGUGCGACGAUGCUGCUCCCCGGAGGUAACCAGCCCUUGGAGGAGACCCCGCGCCCAGCCGUGUAUUUAUUACCGUCGCGCUCACAGUUACCUCCCUGCCGGUUCCUGCCCUCUAUUUAUUAGCCAGCUCUACCCCUGCUGAAGGACGUGCUCCCUCCGAGACGAGGGGCAGGGAGGGACAGGCCCUCAGGAAUUCAGUGCCUUAAACUGAAGCAAGAGAAAGAAGCCAGCCACAGACCCAUGGAGCCUCAACUUGGGAAGAAGCAGGACUUGUGGCCUUGCAAAGGGAAACCAGACAAGCCCCAGAUUCCCCUGGGGUCUACAGAGUACUGAAGAGGGGAAGAGGGGGACCCACCACCUGUUCCUGGGCCUUGGGCUCUGCACAGACAAGCAGCCCUUGCUGGGAGCUCUUGGCCAAGGUAGGGGUACAGGAGCCUACACUGGUGGCCGUGGCCCUGGGUGGGUGGGACAGCAGGCAGCAGGUGGAGGGGAUCUGGCCACCUCCCCCUCUUCCUGGAAGCAGCGUCUCACCCUGGAAUUCAGACCAGCUCUGGAGUACAGCGGUUGCCCGGGGGCUUUGCCCUUCCUGGGCCCCUGUUGUCUCACCUCACAUUUUGCCAUCUGCUUGUGCUGGGACUGUUUCUUCCAGCCAAGACACCACCAUCCUGGCCCCUAUCAGGAGCCGGUAAGAGCGAGCCCUGGGCUAAAGACGAAGCAGCCCAGCCAGAUGUGAUGAAGUCACCGGGAAGGACCCUGUGUGUCCUAGCCUGAUGGCUCUGAUAAAGGGGAGCAGAUUCCCCAAGGACUGCCCCUGCAGGGGCAUCUGACUGCCAAGCCAGAUCCUCUUGAAUAAAGUACUCUAGUCUGGAAAGAGCUUA